AUGCGGGGAGUUAGGGAGGGAGGGAGAGAGGGGAGGUUACCGGCCGGGACUGUCGGCGCUGGGGGUGGUGGAUGGGGGCCGUCCGCCGCCCGCGAGUCAUCGCAGCUUUGCAGCUUUCUGAGGAGCACCAGCUCUAAGACAGGAGGAAGAUCUGAACCUGCUAAGCAGUCGCUUAAGAAACCGAAGUUACCAGUAGGUCGAUUUGAUGAACCAGAGGAGUCCAGCAUAGAGAGGGAACCCCUGGAAAAGUUCCCUGAUGGAAUCAAUCCUGCUACAAAAGAGAGGGGUGGACCUAGAGGCCCUGAACCUACACGUUUCGGAGACUGGGAGAGAAAAGGACGUUGUAUAGAUUUUUAAUGUGUAAAUGUGUCUGUGUUGCUAAUGUUUC